CUCGGUUGUCCGCCGUCCUGUUGUCGGUGCUCCGGGAUCGCGGUCGGUUUUGGUACACCUCUCGCCGCCCCCACCACUACCAACAACACCCUCUGCUCGCCCUGCUCCUGCUCCUCCUGUUCCUCCUCCUCAUCCUCGUCGUCGUCGCCGGCCACGGCAACAAACCUACUCGCGGCUGGACACCCUUCAAAGUCCACUUUUGUGCAUCCUCACUCCGUCGAGGCGCAUCUGCUCUCGGCCACGCCGUCUCUGGCCUGUUGUCCGGCCACGAACCUGUCGUCAAGUCCACGAACCCCGAGGCUGUCGGCCAACCCCGUCGGUCGGGAGGCACGGACGUCCGACCGGUCGGUCUCGCCUGACCUGCUUAAUUGCCGGCACUUGUGUCACGGCCCUCGACACAUGGAGACGAAAGAGUAAUCGUUUGUCUUGUACAUGUGUUUUUUUUUUUUCCCUUUUGAUUCGUUAUCAACACCAUCAUUAA